AUGGCGAACCGCUUCCGCGGUGGGGGCGGGGUCUCCCUGAAACCUGAGAAUAGUCUGAAGCGUGCUGAGGAACUGAUCGGGGUCGGCCAGAAGCAGAAUGCCCUCCAAACUCUGCAUGAUACGCUCACCAAUAAGCGCCACCAGCGCAACUGGAACACGGCGCUGGAGCAGGUCAUGCUCAAGCACAUCGACCUGUGCGUGGAGACCAAGUCGGGGCGCAAGUGCAAGGAUGCGCUGAUCAACUACCGCAACACGGUGCAGGGCAUGAACGUGGGGUCCCUGGAGCUGGUCAUCGACCACCUCAUCACCACCGCCAGCGCCCGGGCCGAACAGGCACAGCAGGCCGCACAGGCCAAGCUGGAGGACAUUGCCGACCUGGAGGCGGAUGCCUCGCCCGAGGAGAUGAUGCUGAGCUACGUGUCGGGCGAGAAGUCGGCGGACCGCACGGACCGCGAACUGGUCACGCCCUGGUUCAAGUUCCUGUGGGAGACCUACCGCAACGUGCUGGACGUGCUGCGCAACAACUCGCGGCUGGAGGCGCUCUACGCCUCGGGCGCGGACCGCGCCUUUGCCUUCUGCCUGACACACAAGCGCUCCACCGAGUUCCGGCGCCUGUGCGACAUCCUGCGCAACCACCUGUCCAACCUGCUCAAGUACCGCGACCAGGGCCAGCAGCACCGCACCGACCUGUCCAAUUCCACUUCCUGGGAGCUGUACAUGGACAUGCGUUUCGAGCAGCUGCGCGCCGCCUGCGAGCUGGAGCUGUGGGCCGAGGCCUUCCGCAGCGUGGAGGACAUCCAGGGCCUGCUGGCGCUGGCACCCAAGGGCGCGGCCCGCCCCCGCGCCGCGCGCAUGGCCACCUACUACGCGCGCCUGACCCAGAUCUUCACCCGCUCCGGCGCGCGACUGUACAACGCUGCGGCCUGGGCGCGCCUGGCCGCCUUCUCGCGCGCGCACGGGCGCCUGGCGGCGCCCGAGGACGCCGCCGCGCUGGCCGCCAACGUCGUGCUAUCCGCGCUGGCGGUCAUGCCCUACGACGAGGCCGGGGCCGGCGUGUCCGGUGCGGGAGCCAUGGCCCCCCCCGACGGCGCCCCCGCGGCGCCCACCGGCCUGGACGCGGAGCGCGCGGCGCGCAUGGCGGCGGUGCUGGGCUUCCCCGCCGACGCGCGGGGCGGGGGCGGCGCGCUGUCGCGCGCCGCGUUGCUGGCCGACGCGGAGCGGCGCGGCCUGCUGGCCGCCGCGCCGCCCGUGGUCGCGCGCAUCCACGAGGUGCUGGAGGGCGACUUUGACCCGCUGGCGCUCUGCGCGCGCCUGGCGCCGCUGCUGGAGGCGCUGCCCGGCGCGCUCCCCCCCGCCCCCGCAUCCGGCCCAGUGGCCGACUGGGACCUGGGUGUGUACGUGCCCUACCUGCAGCAGGUGGCGCUGGCGCACACUGUGCGCCAGCUGUCCCACGUCUACUCCGUCAUGCGCGUGGAGGAGCUGGCACGGCUGGCGCCCGCGCUGGGGCACGGCGCGGCAGAGCGCCUGGUGGUGGAGGGCCGGCGCAAGGCGCAGGAGCGCGCGCGGCGCGAGACCGAGCGCAUCCAGCGCGAGAUGGAGGAGCGGGAGCAGGAGGAGCUGAAGACCUUCCUGGCGUCCAAGGGGCGCAAGGUGGCCGACGGCGAGCGCUUGGACGCGGCGGCCAUCACGCAGGAGGUGCGCAGCGAGGCGGCCAAGGCGGCGGCGGAGCUGGCGCGCCGCCUGGCGCGCCUGGCCAAGUCGCUGGACCACGCGGAGCGCGCGCGGCGCGAGGAGGAGGCCCCGCUGCUGGAGCGCGCCUGGGCUGCGCGCGCGGCCGAGGACGCCGACCUCGCCGCCGAGCUGGCCGCGCAGGCGGCGCGUGCCGCGCGCGCCGCCUGGGAGGCCGACGUCGCCGAGAAGGCUCGCCUGGCGCUCCUGGCGCAGGACCGCGAGGCCUUUGCCGAGCAGAUCGAGGAGAAGCGCAAGGCCGAGGAGGAGACCGCGCACUGUGUCGACGAUGGUACUCCCUGUUUGUUUGUGGGGAAACGGCGGGGAGCAGGCGGGAUGUGUGGACCUUGCUCUCAUCGCUGA